GGACAGACGAGCGGGUGACCUAAGAGUGCGCGCGUGUGGAUGAUCCGACGAUAGAACGGUGUUUUGACAACAAAGGGUAUAUGAGAAGGUCAAGAUGAUAUAGCUUGCACUUCUAAUUGUACCGCCUAAUCCGAUUUAAUAUAAUCUGUUCCUGUGGGCAAUCAUUUGGCAAAAUAUAUUAUACAUACACAUAUCAACAGCUAGUCAUCUGUCGCCCAUGGAACUGCGGGUACCGCAGCAACAGAUAAGUAGGUUAGGAUAUUCAACUGUCCCGGACCCAAGCCUACAGUAUUCACAACCAACCCUUGCGCACAAUCGACGGCCCGCAAUGACUGCGUCUAACUCUAGCUCUAGUUCUGUGGACACUGCCGCUCAGGUUAAGUUUGUAGUGGUGGAGAACUUGCCCGAAAGUCUUGCUCAAGACAAAGCUCGUCUUCAUCAAUUAUACCCAUCAGAUCAUUUUGAAAUUCGUGUCCGGGUUGGUAGUGCUUCAGAAGGUGCUAUAAACACUGGCGAGGUCUCAAUAGCAGACUAUCGCGUCCGAUGUUUGGAUUGUCCACCAGGGAAACUCUAUAACGCAGGUCCCGACGGUACCUUACAAAAUUUUGAAGUGCAUCUCAAGUCUAAUCGGGCUCAUCGGUCAUACGUUGAACAGAAAAAACUACAGGGGAACCAACAAGGGUCCUCUCAUCCUCCACAACUACAGUCUCAGCUUCAGUCCCAGCCCCAGUCUCAAUCCCAACCUCAGCCUCAUCCUCAGCCUCAACCUCAUCUUCACCACCCUAUGCUUCCAUAUUCGCUUCCACAAUCGCACCAAAACCUAUCUCUGUCUCCUUCUAUGCUCAAUUCAUAGUGCUCAACCUUCUCAUGAGCCUGACAGGAUGGCGUUAAGGGUCCUAUUCGAUAAUGAAGGGUAGAAUAGUUGUCUCACGAUGCAUUGCCAUAAAACGGGUUACCAAGUGCCUAUUAAAGCUACAGACUACAUAAUAACUGGAUUUGGGGACAGAUAAAGGAAAGAAA